UCGCUCUUUUCUCCUCUCACACCACUUCAUUUCUACAAACUCCCUCUGAUAUCAUGUCUACCAGAGCUAUGAAGAACACCACCUACUCCACCGUGUCCUCCUCCAGGGGCCCAUCCCAGGGCUUCAGCAGCCACUCCUUCUCCGGCUACGGGGGUGUAGGCAGUGGCAGGCAGAGCCUCAAUGUCCGCAGCUCUUAUGGGGGAGUUGGCAGCUGUGGUGCUGCUGGAGGUGGCGGGGGGUAUAAAAUGGGUGGUGGGUAUAUUGCCGGGGGUUCUGGACAAAGAGGAGGUGGAGUGGAGUCUGGCUAUGUGGGCUAUGGUGGAGGUAUGGGAGGUGGCAUGGCCCAUGACAUGGGGGCCCCCAUCACAGCGGUGACUGUAAACAAGAGCCUGCUGACCCCCCUGAACCUGGAGAUUGACCCCAACAUCCAGGUGGUCCGCACCCACGAGAAGGAGCAGAUCAAGACCCUCAACAACCGCUUUGCUUCCUUCAUCGACAAGGUUCGCUUCCUGGAACAGCAGAACAAAAUGCUUGAGACCAAAUGGAAACUUGUGCAGGAACAGACCACAUCUUGCUCCAAUGUUGACUCCAUGUUCGAAGCCUACAUCGCCAACUUGCGCAGACAGCUGGACAACUUGGGUCACGAGAAAGUCAAGCUUGAGUCUGACCUGCAUCAGAUGUCGAGCAUGGUUGAGGACUUCAAAAACAAGUAUGAAGAUGAGAUCAACAAGCGCAAUGAGUGUGAAAACAACUUUGUCCUCAUAAAGAAGGACACUGACGCAGCCUUCAUGAUGAAAGUGGAGCUGGAAGCCAAACUGGACGGGCUAUCUGAUGAGAUUGAGUUCCUGAGGCAGAUCUACGAUGCAGAACUCAGUGAGCUGCAGGGCCAGAUCAAGGACACAUCUGUUGUAGUGGAGAUGGACAACAGCCGUAACCUGGACAUGGACUCCAUUGUGGCUGAAGUGCGUGCUCAGUAUGAAGACAUCGCCAACCGUAGCAGAGCCGAGGCAGAGUCAUGGUAUCAGUCUAAGUAUACAGAGAUGCAGCAGUCAGCAGGAAGUUAUGGUGAAGACCUGAAGACCACCAAGGCUGAUAUAGCUGACAUGAACCGCAGGAUAAUGAGGCUCCAGUCUGAAAUUGAAAUGGUUAAAGCACAGCGAAACAAUUUGGAAUCUCAGAUCGCAGAGGCUGAGGAGCGUGGUGAGAUUGCAGUAAAAGACGCUAGACUUCGCAUCAGAGACCUGGAGGAAGCGCUCAAGAGAGCCAAGCAGGACAUGGCCCUUCAAGUGCGCCAGUACCAGGAACUGAUGAACGUGAAGCUGGCCCUGGACAUUGAGAUCGCCACCUACAGGAAGCUGCUGGAAGGCGAGGAGUACAGGUUAGCUACUGGAAUCAAGACCAAUAUAACCAAGCAGACUUCAAUGAACUACAAUGCCUACGGCCUGGAGAGCUCCCGAACCCCGUCCUACGCCAGCUGCUCCUUCGGUGGAAGUGGAGUCAAGGCAAGCAUCGGUUCUAUUGCUGCCCUUGAAGGAGCAACAGUAAAGAGCACCACAGUCACCAAGACAGAAACAGUGAGGAUCAAGACCGAGGAGAAGAAGGAGGAGAAGAAGGAGGAGAAGCAGGAGGAGAAGCAGGUGGAGGAGCAGGUGGAGGAGCAGGAGGAGGAGCAGGUGGAGGAGCAGGAGGAGGAGCAGGUGGAGGAGCAGGUGGAGGAGCAAGAGGAGGAGCAAGAGGAGGUAGCAAUCGAGGCGCCAGCUGUCGAGGAGAAUAACGAGGAGGCAGAGGUGGAGCAGGAGGAAAAGGAGGAGCAGGUGGAGGCUGAAGCUGUGGCUGAGGAAUGAUAAUUUGUUCCUGUUUUAUCUGAUUUAUGAUUGAUGAUAUUGGUCUUGGAGGUGAAUAAAAAGCACACCAACGCUGCUUUAUUAUCCAGGUCUCUAAUUGUUCACACCAAAGUGCCUUCACAAAACAAUGUUUAUUCUGUACGAGGUGUAAACACAACUGUUAUACACUUCAUGUAAAGAUGCUAAAGGAUGAGUCUUUGUUCAGGUAUCAUUAUUGACUGUAACCUGCCUGUGGUCAUGUGUUUAACCAGCAGGUGGCACUGUUGUAUUUGUUUUCUUCUGUUGCUCUUGGGGUCCGAGUAACUCAAAGCACUGAUGCCACCUCGAGUAUACUGCUGCAUGGACCUUAUUCUGUACCUGCUGUAACAUGAAUAUAUGUGAACAAAGUCUUCCAUCUUCUCAAAAUACAAUUUUCUGUGCGUUACCCCUGGCGACACAUCAUGUCCUGUCUGUUUGCUCGACAAUAAACCUUCUUCAAACAUUA